AUGUCGCAAAGACCGUUGGCAUGCGCCAAUUCAACGCCUAGCAAUGGUAAUAACAAGUCACGGACCCGUACAUUCAAUCGCCGGCCAAGGAAACCUAUUAGUUGUCAUCCAUGUCGAAAAUCCAAGCUGAAGUGCGACCGACAGCAGCCCUGUGCCUCGUGCAAACGGCGAGAGUGUAUCAAAUCCUGUGUUUAUGAAGGUCCCCGUAAGGACAAGGCGGAUGCGGGGAGGCUGGCAUCACCUGAGGCCGUACGACGUCCUGGUUCAAGAGAUUCUCAAGGUCUGGCCAGCCCAGAGUCUCUGUCGUCGGCCCCGGGCCCGAACAGAUUCCACCGCACGCCAAUUCAAACGACGAACUCAUUGACCCACGACCAUGACUACCAAGAGUAUAGUCAUGCUCAUUGGGACGCUCUUUUGCAGCGGCCGAUAGAUCAAAUGCGUCAACAGUCAUCGCCGCAACAUGACCCUUUUUCACUUCCAGGUAACCUCUGCUUUCCGUUUUCUUUAGGUCCUAAAGUGUCAAAGAGCGAGAUCUUGGCUAUGUUGCCGUCCUUCCAUGCUUGCGAGUAUCUAAUUACACAAUAUUUCCUGCGCCUGUCGCCCCUGUUCCAUAUUUUACAUGGGCCGACGUUUCAGAAGCAAUACGAUUCGUUCAAGCAGGAUCCGUCCGGUGCGGACCUUUCCUGGAUGGCGCUAUUGUUCUUGAUCUGCUCCGCGACUUUGAAGAGUAUGGAAAAGGAUGAGAUUGCGCUAGUCGAUAUUCAUCCUACGGUGUCCGAUUCUCACGACAUAUCCUCGAUAUCUUACAAGCUAAGAGCUGCUGCGUUGAUCUGCCUGUCGCAGGAUCAAUUCUUAAUCCGUCACAAUAUCAACACACUUGAAGCUCUUCUGGUAUUGAUAUAUACGAUUAGUAACAUUGAGGCCGUUGAGCAUGCCUGGACAUUGCUAGGUGAGUGUUUGCUAAUGGAAUUCACGUGCAAUACUGACACCAACCAUGCGCAGCUCAGCUGUAUUGAUAUCGAACGGCGUCGUCGUUGUUGGGCGGGUAUCUUGAUGCUGCACACUUACCAGGCUAUCUCAUUCCGAGAUGUUAACAUGUCUCUUUUGCUUAAUACUGAAGCCACAAUGCCGGCGGAUGUCAACGAUGUCGAUAUCAGAGAUGAUGCUAUCCUACCGCCAUCUAGCAAACCGACCCAGAUGUCUGUCAUGAAGUUCAAAUUUCGAAUGUUUCAGCUAUCCAGCAAGAUCUGCCACCGUCUCUCAGGUAACUCAAGGCUCGACGAAGCUACGCUUGAUCAUUUCGAUAGCCUUAUCUUUGAGCAGCAGCAGAGCUGGGACACAGUAUUUCUUCUGGAUGGGUCGCCUAGUAUCUUGGAUACUUCAAGCUAUGCUCAUUGGUGCAUCUUGCAAUUGUAUGCGCAUCAACUAUACCUACUUAUACACCGACCGUUCUGCAAACCGCGUGGCCCCUGUUUUCGACCAACGUCUAGAGUGAAAUGCAUUAGUUCCGGUGCUGCUUUAUUGGAUAUCCAUCGCCAGUUCUGCGAUCUUCCGCGCCUGCGACAUUACCGUUGGUUUGUCUAUGGCUUGGUAAGCUUUUAUGCCAUCCAUGGAGCCAUGGCGCUGGCAUCAUGCUUGCUGGAUGAGCACGAUGCGCAUGAAUCUUCGUACUACUCCAUGUUCGUUGCAGCCGUGGCGCGUUUCGAUAGCCUUCAAAGUAAAAGCCAGAUAUGUAUCAAGGCCUGUCCCAUUCUUCGACACCUCCAAUCAUUGCUGUCCACUGAACAAUUCCGACAACCCAACUCGGUUGACUACAACUUCGGAGCUACCUUUGACGACUGGAUUGACGGCGUGCAAUGGCUAAAUCCGGAGUCUAUAAACUGGGAGUUCUGGGACAGCAUAUUGAACAACGCACCACCAUCCUAAUUGGUGUUCUAGGGCCAUGUCGCCUGGGAAGCCAAAAUCAUCCUUUCAAUGUCUCGAAUUUUGGUGAAAUUUUUUAUCAGUUUUCCCGCCACUGCGUACACAUAUACGCUGAUGCUGUGAUUGAAAGCGGCCAAAAUUCCAUUCAACCCCCCCUCGCUCACGCAGACAAUGAGAGAAAAGUAGCUAGUUUGCCUGAACGGGCCGGUUAUUAGCUCCUCGUCAACAGGGAGUGCUCCGGAUCAAUCAGAUCAGGAUGGCCAUUCUAGGUGUAUGCCUUUUUAUGUCACUCUUACCAACUCGGUUCCUGGGCAUCUAUUUAAAAUACUGGUUGUGGUCUUGAAGCACCGCAGAAGCACAUGUUUUCCUAUACUCCGAAACAUACACGC